UUUCAAUGGUCUUGUUUGUCUCUGUAGUUGUUGUUGUUGUUACUGCUACAACUACUGUUGAAGACCAGUGCAGCAACGACUUCGAGAUGCUGGUGACGUGUCUGAACUACGCGACGGGGAAGGCUGCGGCGCCGACGACGGAGUGUUGUAACUCGGUGGCGGAGAUCAAGGACAAGGACCCUGUGUGUCUUUGUUAUAUCAUUCAACAGACUUACAAUGGUAGUGAGCAGAUCAAGAACAUGGGUAUUCAACAGUCUCGUUUGCUUCAACUUCCCUCUUCUUGCAAGCUCACUAAUGCUAGUGUCACUGAUUGCCCAAAGCUUCUAAACAUACCGGCAAGUUCUCCUUACUACAAAAUAUUCACAAAUCCUUCUUCUCCAUCAACCACUCAUUCCACGAUGACAGGGACAUCAAUGACCCCUGCUAGUACAACUACCGGAACUUCAUCGCCGAUAAGAUCCAGCAACUCGAGCUGGUCUGCUCAUCGACCUCGACUUGCGGGACUUGUCUCAAUUGUCAUGGCCAUCUUCUUCAAUGUGAUCCCGGUUGAGAUUGUGUCUACAUUUUAAGUAUGAUAGUGAAAUUUCACUAGUGAAGCUUCUGCUUCUUUUAUCUUUGAGUUUUUUCACUCAACUUAUAUGAAUCAUUGGACUAUAAUGUGGAGUUAUUUUUUAGCUGGAUCCAUUCUUUUAUUUUUGUUGUAUGCAUGGUUAGAUACAUUAAUAUAUCCAAUUAAGCUC